AUGGCUCACUUUGAGAAAGAGAUUUUCAUAUCCCAACAAAAAUACAUCACUAAUCUUCUGCAAGAAACGGGCAAGACAAUAUGCAAGCCAAUGAGCACACCAAUACACCCAAAUUUAAAGUUGAGAACCGCAGAAGAAGAUACUACAGUUGACAAGGAAAUCCAUUUAAUCCCAACUUUUAACAUUGUUUUUCCUCUGGAAAAUCUUAGUUUUCUUUUGAUGGGGAAUAAAGAGCGCAAAUGCUGUGAGAAUCUGUUUAGUUGUGGAAAUAUAACAAAUAUCGGUUUUCCUUUCUGGGGAAACAAUCGACCAAAUGCGUGUGGCCACCCUUUGUUACAACUCACUUGCAAAAACAACAUCAGCUACAUAACCAUCAAUGGUGUCAAGUAUCAGGUUUUAGAGGCUAACCCUUAUGAACAUACUUUGAGAAUCACCAGAGAAGACUAUUUGCAAGGACUAUGUCCAUCAAAACAUGUCAACACCACAUUAGACACUGAAAUAUUUGUUUAUGAUUUUAACUACAAUAAUCUUAUCCUCUUCUAUGGUUGUCCAAAUCCAAUUUCAAUUAAUUUCCCCUCUCCAAGUGGACACUUUCCAUGUCCCUCCAAUGGAUAUUCUGAAGAAUAUGUUUACACUUGGUUUGAGCCUAAUAUUGGUCCUCCAGCUUUUCCAUGCAAAGAAAGUAUGGUUGUUCCAGUUUCUUAUUCAUUAAUUGAUGAUGUUAGUGAUUUGACUAAAAUACUGAAGGUAAUUAGAGAUGGAUUUGUAGUGAGAUGGAUAGCUGGUAUUGAAGAUUGUGAGAAGUGUCAAAAAUUAGGUGAAUUUUGUGGUUAUAACUGGAUUUCAAAUCAAACAACUUGCUACUGCAGAGAUCAAUCUUGUUCUAAUUCUGUACCUGAUUCUAAUGCACUUCCAGUUUACUUAGGGAUUUUGGAUUUCUCGCAAUUGGGAAAUCCCAUUUGCAUAUUGCAUAUUGCGAGGCGUCUGAUCAAAAUCGAGCACUAA